AUGAAAGACAACGACUACGAGAUAACCGACUCUAUCUCACCCGAUGAUCAUGCAUGGCAAGAAUGGAAGACUUUGGUCGAAGACGAAGGAUGGACUUCUGACGAUCUUAGCGUACUGACUCUCACUCCUAACCUGCCGACAACGCGAAUAGUUCUCGCACGGAAAUGUAGUGAUAAGAGCUUUAUCGGAACUGUCAUAUGGAACGAAUAUGACAAUAUUGCUUUUAUCGGUUUCUAUCUGCUAAGGCCCGAAUACCGUGGAAAAGGCAUUGGUUCACUUAUUUGGGAGCGUGCAAUUCGUAGGAUGCCGAAGCAUUACACAAUUGCACUAAGAGCAGUUCCGAACAUGGCUGAACGAUACAAGUCUAAAGACACACCAGUAGAAGGAGCUGCACUACGAUGUUACGAAAUGGACGUGGAGACGCUUUCUCAAGUUGCAAAAGCUCACGCGUCUAAGAAACAUAACACGAAGAUGGUCAACGAACUCAAGCCCACAGAGUACGAACAACUGGAAGAAUUCUGCUUCUCCGUGGUAGGACGCGAUCGAAGUCACUUCCUUCGACAAUUUCACGAACUGUCCUUCACAUACGCCACUGCACUGUUUGAUGACGAUGGCAAAAUCAUUGCCUAUGCGGCCGUUUGUCCCACCUCUCAUUCUCAUCGCCAUCUCUUCAAAUUGGCUCCUCUUUAUGCCUCCUCUGGUGAUGAAGCUUUCGCUGUUAUUCUACCCUUGAUCAAAAAAGUUGGGAGCCUUCACGCUGAUGCUCGCUUUUUAUUCCAUGUAUUGGAUGGGACCAUUGGUUCUGAAGUUCUUCUGCCGAUAUUCUCUUCGGUUAACAUUCCAUCAAAAUAUUCUGGCGUUACACUCUUCAGUAAGGAGUAUCACAAUCCUAUCGAUAAACAACGAUUGUUUAUAGCCCAUAACAAUUCAGAUGGCAGCUACCUCGGUUCGGUGGUGUGGUGCGAAAACGAUGGAUUAGCUUAUAUUGCCUUCUACAUUAUUCGACCAGAAUAUCGGGAAGACUCUAACCGAGCUUCCCUACCUGAUUUGGCUUUCCACACAACUACAAAGAGUAAGCUUCCAUCUCAAACUUGCAAUUCACUGACCAAACUAGUAAGUACACUCAGCAACGAAGAGUACAAAGCAAUGCUGUCGUACGCAAACAAUGUCUGCGGACGAGACCGAUCUCAACUUCUUCGCCUCCAUUUCGACCUCGAUUUCACGGAGGGCGCAGUCCUUUUCGACUCGAAAUCCCAAAUACGGGGAUUUGCCUCCAUGACACCGACAGGAGGUCAAAGCAAGCACCUAUUUAAAAUCUCCCCAGUGUACGCCGAAGGAGCUAAUGAGGCUCUCUCCGUUAUUCAACCCCUACUCAUGAAGAUACUAGAAAAGGACCGAGAAGCUAUUGCUCUUAUCAACACAUGGAGCGAUUCAGCAGGAGAAAAGCUACGUCUUCUCCUCCAAGACCGAUGCAUAGAGUCAAAAAUUUCAGGUUACACCUUAUUCAGCAGGCCGUAUCCAAGUAAAAUGGACUUCUCGAGAAUGUUCGUUGCACACAAUCACCCCGGUCAUUUUGAUGCCUAA